UCGCCCCUCCCCUUGGAAACAGGGAUUUCAGAAGGGGAAUUCCCAUUGGGGAUACCCAUGGAAUUUCAACAAAAACGUUUUUCCCAAAAAGUUGUUUAAUCUAACGCUUCAGUGAUUUUUUCGUGUAAAUCUAUUGUGACGAUUAUAGUGUCGAAAAGCUCCGUGCAUUUGACUUCGUUUGCUAUGCUUAUUAGUGAGGACACACAUCGUUAAUCGUGCUUCAUGUGAUGCGUUGAUCUUGUAGAGAUAUCCUUGAUGGACUAUUAUAUAGGCCUACACUGUGUUAUAACACAGAACGCCUAGUAUAACCGCCAUAGAGUAGAGUGCUAAGACAAACGUUGUUAUUCUACGGAACAUGGCACAAGGUCAAGAUAAUUAUAUUGGUUUAAACGUUGGUGGGAAGAUCUUCAAGACAUCCCGUACCACACUGUUAGCUGAUCCAGAUAGUUUCUUUUCUGGUUUACUGGAAGGCGCCAUUCCUUCGGCUAGAGACGACCAGGGAAAUUACCUCAUCGACCAAGACGGCAAGGUAUUCCGUCACGUCCUCAACUUCAUGAGAUACAAUGAACUAGUACUACCAGAGGGUUUCAAAGAGUAUGGUGUCCUUAAACGACAGGCAGACUUUUUCCAACUUGAGUCACUGAAAUCUUCCAUCGAACGACCAAUGCAAGUUGAUGGAUCGGAGGCCGUUGGAUUAGUGUGUCCUGAUGGGAAGGUAUUCCACACGACAAGAGAGAUUUUGAUGAGAGAAAAGAAUUCAUACUUUACCAAGAUGCUGAGUAAGGAAAGUACCGUUGAAAAAGAUUUACAGGGAAACUAUUUUCUGCACGAUAUCUCAAACAGUGAACUGCUCCAGCAUGCCCUGAGCUAUCUGACCCAUGGUGGUAUUCUUGACCCAGUCAUUGAUCGGAAUAAUCUUCCAUAUUCGGAUUUAUACAGAGUAAAUAACCCUUUUAACUUAAAAGGUUUGGACAAUCAUUGUGAUGUAAUAAGGCAUGUACCACACCAUGAGGAUCUUGGACCUACACGACUGUACUUCUACUACAAUCUAAAUACCCCAUGUUUUAUAUACAUCCUACGUCCAGAACGUAUCGAUGCCACUUGCGAUCCUGGUACUGUACUAUUGUUAAGGGAUAGACUAUUUCUGAAGAGGGUCAGAAUCAUGGAAGACGUCGAUGCAGGAGUGGUGAACAUGGAAUGCAUUAACAGUAAACAGCCUGCGAGUUUACAUGAUGUGGUGGCCUAUUUCAAAGAGGAUGAGAGAGCAGAAAUUUCCAAUCGUACAAUUAGUCCCAACUGCAUCAGAUUAGUGAUCACAUAUGCAUCCAGGCGCGGAUCCAGGAUUCGAUAGGGAGGGGGGGGGGGGCAAAUUCCACCUGAUUUUGGCGCCCCUGUGUACU